UCGAGCCGACUCGUUUGGCGCAAUCCUCGUCCUGCAAAGCGCAACUCACGCGGCGGCUGCAGCUCGUUUUUUCCCUCAGUUUCCUUCACUAUCCACACGUUUCACGGCUCUGACUUCAUUGUUUCUCGGUUCUCAAACGCUUUUCACGUUCACCUUUACGUCUGCGAUAUCUAGCAAACGCAAAAUGCCGCAAAACGACGCGGAAAAGUGGUCGGAACCCAGUUAACUUGGCCUUAACUGUCGCACAGUUUAGUUUUGUGUGUUCACACUGAGAGAAAAGCGGCCAAAGGUAUUGGAGGAGGCGAAUCAAAAUUGCGUGCAUUUGCGGCCGCCGCUGCUGGCACCGUGAUAUAACAGGAGUUUGCCGCUCGCCUUUCUCCACUUUCUCUCACUCUCUCUCGCGCUCGAGUCGAAGUAGAAGUCAAGGUAUCCAUGUGGCGGCUCCAUUGACCAGAAGGCGGGCGAAGCUAACCACUGCUUUCGGGCCAAUUCGUUUGACAAUUGAGGAAGUGAGCCGCAACUUUUAAAUGAAGAAACAUGGGGAAUGGCAUGAACAAGGUCUUGCCGGGACUUUAUGUGGGCAACUACCGCGACUCCAAGGAUCAUGCCCAGCUGGAGAGGUUCAAGAUCUCGCACAUCAUCGCCAUACAUGACAGUCCGCGGCGUCUACUGCCCGACAAGCACUACCUGUGCGUGAUGGCCUCGGAUACGCCGGACCAGAAUCUCUCGCAGUACUUCUCCGUCUGCAACGACUUCAUCCACGCCGCCCGCCUGCGCGAGGGCAACGUGCUCAUCCACUGCCUGGCGGGCAUGUCGCGCUCGGUGACCGUGGCCGUGGCCUACAUCAUGACGGCCACCCACCUGAACUGGAAGGAGGCACUGAAGGUGGUCCGCGCCGGCCGCGCCGUGGCCAAUCCCAAUACCGGUUUCCAGAACCAGCUGCAGGAGUUUGAGCAGUUCAAGCUGACCGAGGAACGUCGCCGGCUGCGGGAACGCUUCCCAUCCUCGGCUCUGGAGCAACUCGAUCGCACCAAGGUGGUCACCGCGCUAGAUAACUACCAGGAGCUGCUCCAGAACCGGGACAUAUGCGAGGGCAACUGCUCCCGCGGCGAAAAGUGUCCCACAGGCGUCUGCAACAUGGACCCCACGAAGGGCUUGUUCCGCCGUCGUCCCUCCAAUGCCUCCACCCAUUCGCGCCUGCGUGCCCAGUCCUCCAAUGCCAACGCCUCGUCCAGUUCGCUCAGCGUGAGCAGUGCCGCCGCCCAGUCCUGCCCCACAUCACCCAAGAACUCACCGCUGCCCCUGGCCCGCCGAUCGGUGGGCAACGAGCGCAUCCCCGAGGACGAGAUCGUCCUGGAGCAGCCACCGACCACGUCCCGCGAGGCGGCCGAGUAUGCUGCCGCCUUCGAGGAUGCCCGCCGCGAGCAGGAGCAGCGCCAGCAGCAGCUGGGCCGGAGUCAGCGCUCUCCCCGACCGGGCAAUUCCUCGCGAGAAACGCCCAGGGUCAGCAGCGCCGGCAGUCGGCGGGAGUCCGCCGCCAGGGAGGGAAAUGGCUCCGCCCAGCUGCAGCGGAGUGCCAGCACGGUCAGUGGCUUUGGAGUGCGUCCGCGGAGCAGUCCGGCUGGCCUGCAUGCCUACACGGGCUCUGUUCCCUCCUCCGUCCACGGUUCUCGAGUGGAUCUGCGGGAAGUCGACAAGGGAUCGGCCAUCUAUCUGGGCUGCUCGGCGCCCAGGGCCUCCACACUGUCUAUAUCCUCGUCGAGGGGCUCUUCGGGCGGCUCGGCUCCUCCCUCGCCCUGCCACACUCCCCCCGCCAGUCCACGUCAUGGCGUGAGAAGAUCCACUAGCAUGGUGAAGAAGCCGAGAUGAAGUUCCAAGUCCUUGGCCGCCACAAGGCGGGGAGGUUUUUUUUGAUGCCAGAUGCAUGGGCAUCUGGGCAUCAUGCAUCUGAUCUAAUCCGUAAUCCCUAGGCAACUUGGCACCUUCUUUGGCGAAACGCGCGCGUUACCUGCAGACUUGUUUUGGGAGGGAAGACUACGGAUCCCGUAGUGCCCUCGAGUAGCUUACUCUUGUUAGACGCGGAGGCAUCCUUCGUUCUCGGCUUUGGCUACACUACAAAAAGUUGUUGAUCAAUUUUUAAUAACGCAUCCGGGGCACUCGCCUUCGAGUGCAGCCUGAAUCAAAGAAAAUCAAAUGUUGAGAGAUUAUUUUUCAGAGACGCAUUUAAGAAAGUACCGACAUAUACAUAUAUUUACUGUACAUUAUAUAGCGUAUUUAUUUAUACGAGCAGAUUUGUUGUCGGUCCCCCUUGGAAGGACUGAUCCCCCGGCCGCCCCGUAGAAAGUUGGCCAUUUGUUAGUUUUGUACGGAGCUAGAGUGCUGGAGGGCGAGCGAUUGUGCAGACAGUCGAACAAUAAUUGAGAAUUGUACAAUUGCGUAUUUUUGAUUAUAUCCAUUGUUGUUGCAAAUAUUUUGAUAGCGGAAAAAAAGCGAAAACUAAAAAAUGGGCUCGACCCCAGCGAAGCGUUAUAUACAUUCAUACCUAGUUGAUAUAGUAUUGACAUAUGAGAUUUGAGAUUGUUAUUUAGAAUUGUUGCAUUGUGUAGCAUUGAAUUAUAAACAAAGUUUAUUAGCUCACCGCCCCACCCUCUUUCUUCCACACACAAAACACAAAAAGAAAACCCUUACGAGACAAGAAGCAAUACAUUAGAUCACAAACAAAAUUUAAUCUAAACCAAUGAAAUCGCAUUAAAGUGUGCUUUAAAGCUUGUGGCUUAUCAUAAAGAAACCAAAAAACCAAGAAAACACAAUUAAAAUUAUAAUCGAAUAAGAGUGUAAAAUUAUUUACAACCUUUCCUAGAAUAUCGAAAACAAUCUAAUGGACAUUUGAGAUGUUUUUGCAAGCUGGCUUUGACAAAAUAAAAACAAAACGGCAAUGGACGGCGAAUCAAAUACUGUAUUUAUAAUGCCUAGAGAAAUGCACAAAUCGGUUUUAAACUAAAGUUAUAUAACGAAAUCGUUAAGUUUGUCAAAUGAAUACAAUUAUUAUACAAUAACGAACAAGCAAACUGUCUCCAAGACACGACAAUUAAAAUGAAAUCAAAUUGCAAACACAGUACAUAAUAAAAGUGUCCCUGGAUCAUCCCAGGCAAUACCAA